AACCUUACCUCAAGCACAUGCUAGAGAAACCAGAUGAAACAUUGUCAGACGCUGAGUGGGAGGAAGUGAAAGAGCUAGAAGCUUUGUUGCGCUACCCGUACGCUGUAACAAAGACAUUGCAGUCAGCUGACCUGACUCCUGGGAUUUUUUACAAGGAAUGGAAGAGCUUGAUGUUCUGUUUAUCCCAAAUCGGGGGAACAACGGCUAAUGACAUAAUGAACUCUAUGAUUUGCAGAGAACAUCUUCUAUUGGACAAUGGUAUUCUUUUGGCGGCC